CGUUCAGUAGAUUGACAACCAUGUCUGUCAGUACAAGUAACAAUUUUACACUGGUGGUAAUUUGUUCGCUAUUUUUGUUAAUCAGCGCCAUACACUAUGAACCGAACUGGAAAUCCAUCGACUCCAGACCCCUGCCAUCCUGGUACGACGAAGGGAAGAUCGGAAUUAUGCUCACCUGGGGGGUGUUCUCUGUCCCGAGUUUCACUACGGAGUGGUUUUGGGAACAGUGGGUGACCGGGACACCAAGCGUGGUGGCGUUUAUGCAGCAGAACUACAGACCCGAUUUCACGUAUGCAGAUUUCGCCCCGAUGUUCCAGGCAGAGUUCUUUGAUCCCAAUAAGUGGGCGGAUAUUUUCCAGGCUGCCGGAGCCCGGUAUGUGGUUCACAUGACCAAACACCAUGAAGGUUUCACAAGUUGGCCAUCCAAAUAUUCAUUUAACUGGAAUGCUAUGGAUGUGGGCCCUAAACGGGAUCUCGUAGGAGCACUGGCUUCUGCAAUUCGAAACCGUACCAACAUUCACUUUGGCUUGUAUCAUUCCCUGUUUGAGUGGUACAACCCACUGUUUGAGAAGGACCAAGCUAAUAAAUUUCAGACAAAUGACUUUGUUAUGAGAAAAACACUUCCUGAGCUGUAUGAAAUUGUCAACAUGUACAAGCCUGAUAUUAUAUGGUCUGACGGAGACUGGAUGGCCCCAGACUGGUACUGGAAUGCCACAAUCUUCUUGGCCUGGCUCUAUAACGAAAGCCCAGUAAAGGACACAGUUGUUGUAAAUGACCGGUGGGGAUCCAAUGCACGGUGCAAGCAUGGAGGCUUCUUAAACUGUAACGAUAAAUUCAAUCCAGGCAAACUGCAGCCUCGGAAAUGGGAGAACUGUAUGAGUAUUGACCGCUAUUCUUGGGGAUACCGCCGCCCCGCCACUGUGAACCAGCUUUACAGCAUCGAGGAUCUCAUCGCACUGCUGGUUGAAACUGUCAGUUAUGGAGGGAACCUACUUGUGGACGUGGGUCCCACAUCCUACGGAACAAUUGCACCAAUCUUCGAGGAGCGACUCCGACAAAUGGGAUCAUGGCUGGGUGUGAACGGGGAUGCUAUUUACGCCACCAAGCCAUGGACAUAUCAAAACGACUCCAUGACACCCAGGGUUUGGUACACCAGCAAAACUGGGGCAUCUGGAGUUGAAGUUUACGCCAUCACUACAAAAUGGCCGGAAUCGGUCCUCAUAUUGGGGGAUCCACAGGUUGCCAUGGAUACAACAGUCAGUCUCCUUGGAUACCCAGGAAGUCUGAAAUACAAGCCGGGAGCAACUGGUGGAAUUGAGAUUUACGUACCACAGUUAACUAUUGCAAACAUUCCUUGUGAUUGGGCAUGGACCUUUAAGAUGGUCGGCCUGAAAAAUGCUUAAUUUAUUGCUCAAGAAUUGUUACUGUUUUCAUGUUUUAAUUUAAUUACUUAGUGAGAUUUAUGUACUAAUGUAGUACUGUUAUGUUUUACAAUUAUAUCAUUCCAUUUGUGUCAGUGGAAAAGUGCAUAUAAGAAUUAAGUUUCUGCUAACAAUUAUUUCUGUUAAUGUUUCCGAGGGUGGGAUUUAGCCCAGUGAUAAAGUGCUCACUUGAUGUGCCGUCGGUGUGGGAUCGAUCCCCAU